AUGUCAAAAUUAUUGGCACAAAACAAUAAGUUUCCAUUACCAACAUCCAUAUUAAACCAAAAGGUUUUAAUAUCCAUCACAGGACCUCAUGGCACUGACAUAAUUGGAUGUGUUUUAGAGUGUAUGGCUAAACAUGAAUGUGAAAUUGAAGAUUUUACAUUAUUUAGACUUUAUCAUAAUGUUACAUUCAGUGUUCUAACCACCAUGAAACAUGAGAACGUAGAAUUAUUUUGUGAUCUUUCUGAUGCUGCUAGAAAGUGGGAUGGUAAUUUAACUAUUGAUUUACAAGGUGUUGCUGAUCAAGAAAAACCAAUAAAACCAUUAGAGGAGGCACCCUAUGAUAAUCGAAUCAAAUAUGCCGCAACGGUAUUAAACCAAAAUGGACUCACAGCGAAAUUUAUGGAUGAAUGGACAAAAUUACUAUUGAGAGAAAAAAUAUCUGUAGAAAAAAUGCAACGACUAAAUGAAGGAAGGUUGUCUUGUGCUGAUUAUAAGCUUUCAGUACCUUUAGGAACAGACUUUGACAGAUUGAGACAAGACCUAUUUCAAUUAAGUGUAAGCCAUGGUACUGAUGUUGCACUUCAACCUUUUGAUGUAUUUAGAAGGCAUAAAAGAUUGGUAGUGUUUGAUAUGGAUUCUACAUUGAUUCAACAAGAAGUAAUUGAUGAAAUUGCUAGGAUUGCUGGUGUUGUGAAUGAAGUAGCAAUGAUAACAGAAUUGGCGAUGAAUGGUGAAAUUGAUUUUAAGGAAUCGCUAAAACGACGUGUUUCUUUAUUGAAAGGGACACCUGUUGAUGUCAUAGAAGCUGUCAAGAAAAAAAUCAUCUUCACAGAAGGAGCACACUUUCUUUGUAAAGCACUCAAAAAAAUUGGAUUCAAACUUGCCGUUAUUUCUGUAUCAUCUGAUGGUUUAACAUUGACUGGUGAAACAAUCGGGCCAAUAAUUGAUGGAGGUCGUAAAGCUGAAUUAUUGGAAGUGAUAGCUCAAGCUGAAAAUGUUACAUUGGAUCAAGUGAUUGCUGUUGGUGACGGUGCAAAUGAUUUAUAUAUGUUGGCUAAAGCUGGUUUAGGCAUUGCAUUUAAUGCAAAACCGCGAGUCCAAGAAAAGGCUAGAGCUAGAAUCAAUCAAAAAAGUUUAAAAAAUGUGUUAUAUUUGUUAGGAUAUACAGAUGAAGAUGCAAAACAAUUGUAUUUUACUAAUGAUUGA